GUAUCUAUGGCUGAAUAUUUUUCAGAAUAACAAAGAAAUAAAUUUUUAAAUAUUCUAGACACAAAUGUUAAAAGAAAUUUAUUAUGUCUCUGCUUGCGAAAUUAGAUUCUAGUUGAUAUCUUGGGAAAUUGGACUAUCAGUGCGUUUUGUGUGUGUGAAUAUUUCAAGGCAUUUAGGCACGUGUUAUUUGAAUUGUACCCUUUCCAUCGCGAUGAAAAUAUUUACAAUAGCUUUCCUAUUUUAUGGACUUCAGUGUCAUGAAGCUCUCGAUCCCACUUUUUUGGGGUGGAUAUCAGAUCAAAAUGGUCAAUUAUUUCCCGUAAAUAGAUCUACGUUAUUCGAUGACUCAACAGUAGCACGGGUGCGUGAUUUUAACGAAUAUUUUUUUCUGUUUACGAGGAGAAAUCUACUUUGGGGCCAGAAAAUCAUUACUGGGGAUGUGGAUAGUCUACAACGGUCCAAUUUUAAUCCAGCACAUCCAACAAGGAUUGUCGUUGACGGCUAUCUUAGUCAUAUCGUCAACGAACUGGAUGUUGAACUUCGCGUGAAAUAUUUAGGACGUGGGGAUUACAAUGUGGUCAUUAUGAACUGGACUGACGGUGCAGUGGAUAUAAAUUAUAUUGAAGCAGCGGUCAGAGCUAAAGUUGCAGCUAACAAGUUGGCUGCCUGGAUGAAAUUUAUGCGGAGAUAUGGGGGACUUAACCCAAACACUACAUACUUAAUCGGGCACAGUCUGGGAGCUCAUAUUGUCGGUUUGGCAGGUAAACAAAUUACAUCUCCCAAAAUCAAUACAAUCUUCGCGAUAGAUCCUGCAAAUUCACCUUAUGAGACUGCGCCACCAGAGGACCGUGUGUAUAUAACCGAUGCUCAGUAUGUGGAAGCGAUCUACAGCGAUUAUGGACUACUAGCGGAAGCUAGAUCAAGUGGACACGCAUCAUUUUAUGGUGCCUUCGGUUCAUUUCAACCGGGCUGCGAACAUCUGAGCACAUUUACAUUGUGUGAUCAUGCAAGAUCAUAUGAGUAUUUUGUUUAUUCGUUGGGACUGGUGAACCACUUCUUUGCUAUUCAAUGCGCGAACCACGAUCUAGCGAUCAGACGUUUCUGUGAACCUACUGGAGAGUAUGCGUAUUUGGGAGGAGAGCCAUCAAACUAUAAUAGAGGAGUGAGUGGUAUCUAUUAUCUACCAGUUGAUUAUAAAAUACCAUAUUCACUGGGUCAGUAUUUCGGAUUAUAAAAUUGCAUCAGAUUUAUGGCAAUGAGUGAAACAACUUUUUGUAUUUUGAAUUUUAUAUACUUGUCCCAUGUAGUAAUCAAGAUUUACCUAUGUUCAUUA